GAAUAGAAUUAUUUUAUGUAUUUUGUAACUCAGUUGCAUUCAUGAUUGAUCGAAAAUGGAUAAUUUUCUCAUUUUAAUUGCUGUGACCUUCGUGGAAUAUGUGCUGGCCGGUGAGACAUGCUAUUUUAAGAAAUACUACUACUCUUAUUCUACUUAUGGUAGAAAAUACUGCUACUCCUCCUGCUGUGGAACUUAUUAUAAUCGAUACUGCUGCUAUAGAACCAGUGGUGGCACGAUAGCUGGGGCUGUGGUGGGGGCCCUGGUGUGUUUAGCGGUGAUUGCGGCGGUCGUGGUGUGUGUCGUCAUGAAGAAGAAAAGAUCCAGAGGAGCCAUUAUUGCGCCGUUUCAUAAUAAUACCACAGGUGUCACAAUCGUGCACUCCAACACACAAAACCAGUACACAGGCCCACCAGUGCCGGCUUACCCUCCACCACCCCCGGGCUACAGUCAUGCCCCACCUCCUCCAAUGUAUCAACAGCCCCAGGGAUACUCACAAUAUCCUCCCCCGCAAUAUCCCCAGACUGUUGGCGGCGGCAUCAAUCCAGCUUAUCCACCCAGUGCCGGGUAUACCAUGUGAUAAAAUAUUUUUUUGCUGAGUGCUCUAUAUAACACUUCACAGAUACUAGUAUUUUCUAUUAUGAAGAUAUAUUAUUACUUUAUUUUGUUUUUCUGCACGGAUAUUAUUUCUAUGAUCUAAGCCGGUUGCUGUUGGGGUAUAGAGAUCGACCGAUUCAUGUAUUUUCAAUCAGGAGAUACAGAUUAUCAAUAGUAACCUAAUUUGUUGGACGUUAUCGUGCCGAUAGGCGGUCUACUAUUGUUCUUCAUGCAUAUCAUUAUACCCCCACCCCCGCUUGAAAAGUGGGAGGGUAUAUAGUGAUCGAAAUGUUCGUCUGCCCGUCUUUACGUUCAUCUGUCUAUUUGUCCGUCCGUCUGUUACGCUUUGGGGGUACCCAUUUCUAUAAUCCACAACUCCUAUCAAAACACUGAAUAAAGUUUAAUGAGACUUUCACAAAAUCUUUAUUACAUAGUGCCAUUGUUCUUCUCCUAUUUUACUUUUUGAUUGGACACAUAUUGUAGGUUAACCGUAGCAAAAAUCGACACUGACAUUCUUUCUAUUAUAUUGAAGGGUACCCAUCUCUUAUCCACAACUCUUCCUAUAUCAUUAAAUAAAAUUUAAUAAUACUUUUACAGGUUCUUGAUUACAGAAUGCCAAUGUGCACUUCAUUUUUUACGUUUUUAUCUGACACUUAUUUCGGGUCUCCCAGAGCAAAACAUGGACUUUGCCAUUAUAUUCAUACAGGAGGUGGGGGCAUCAUUUAGUGAGCUCAGUGUACACAGUAUCUCUAGUUUAUAUUUAUUGUUACUGAAUCCAGUUCUUUACAUGAUUAUAAAAUAUGAUAUUUUUAUAUCUCUUAUACAUCAAUUUUGGUAAUUUUCUGAAUUAAACUAUUCCUUUUAUCAUUUUUACAAGAUGAGAUGAGUGGCAUUUUGUAAUUUUGCAAAAAUAUUAUUCGAAUAUGUUUUAACAACAGUGGAUCAAAAAUUAACUGGCAGAUAUUCUUACUUUAUUUUGUUAACAAUAGCAGAAAUUUCAACGAACCUUGAAUCAAAUGCUGAAACACAACCUAGUAAGAAAACUUAAGAAUGGUACAGAAAAAAUAAAUUUCUUUGGUUUUCGCAACCAGUAAAACGUACCUCCAUCACCUG